CUCUGCCCCGUCCUUCCUAGACUACGCCGUCUCUUUCUUCCUCCUCUCUCCACAACUUUCUUCCUCCCCAAAUUCGGCCCAAACGAAUUCGUUAAAUAAUCUCAGAAAACACACGGUUAACGGGAUCGAAGGGAUUAAAACGAAAACGCUCCGAUCCUGUGAUCAGGUCUCGGUGCUAAUCGUGUGAUUUUUUGAGGGUGUUUGGGCUUGUGAUUUAGUGUUAGGGUUUCGGAUCUGGAGGAUUAGUUCUUCCGACUUCCGAGUCAGACGACCAUGAAUGAGCAGAUGAUGAGACCUCCGGCGCUGCUGCCGUUCCACCAGAUGUGGGCGGCGGUGCCGGCGGCUCCCCCGCCGGCGAUGGAGCCUCCGGUGGCGGCGUUCAAGCCGGCGCGGCCGUCGUGGAAGCGGGCGGCGCGGACGCCCUGGAAGCGCAAGGCCCAGCCGCCGGCGGCGUCGGUCGGCGCGAGGUGGGGCGGCGCCGCGCCGCGCAACACGACGUCGUUCCUGAUCCGUGCUAAGCGGGCCGGGGGCGUGGCGUCGCUGGUGUCCCCGUACCCCGUGACGCCAGCGGUGCUCCCGACGCCGGUCCUGUCGCCGGCGCGGGAGGUGCUGGUGGAGAUGGCCAAGGAGGCGUGGGGCGUGGACGGGUACGGGUCCAUGAAGGGCCUCAUCCGCCUCCGCGCCGACGCCGGGGACGCCGCCGGCGAGGACUCGGGCUCCGGCGAGAGCGACGUGGAGGAGCACGUCGAGGUGGAGCGCCGCCUGGACCACGACCUCAGCCGCUUCGAGAUGGUCCACCUCCCUGCCGCGGCCGCGGCCGCCCUGGGCGGCGGCGGCGUGGACGACGACGAGGACGAGGAGGCGCGCGCCGCGAGGCUGGAGGAGGAGAACCUGACCCUCCGGGAGCGCCUCUUCCUGAUGGAGCGCGACAUGGACGAACUCCGCCGCCGGCUCCUGGCCGUCGAAGAGCUCUGCCGGGACCGCCACAGCGACGGCUGCGUUGUGGACGCCGCCACCGCCGCCGACGAGGCCAUGCUCUCCGAGAGCGCGGCCGCCGUCGCAUCCCCCGGCGCCGGCGCCGGCGAGGAGGCCGACACGGUGGACGCCAUGGCCAUGGAGAAGUGAAAAGCAUACAGUACCCGCUACCUGACCAGACAAAGGCCUUCUCGGCCGUACUGCUGAAACUGUACAUACGGUUUCCAUUUCCCUGUGCAGAUGUCGCUGUGAAGAGUAGGAGGAGGAAGAAGAAGCAGCAUCAGCUUUAGAAAGCUUUUUUUUAGAGUUACUCUUCGUUCGUUGCAUCUUGUUAGUUUGAUAUCGUCUAGCUUUGAUUUCAUUUCAUGUUCUUGUAGAAAGAAUCAGCCAUCGGUCAGGAAAGAGCGAAAGCCCGUGGACGACGACGGAAUGUGCGGGGAGGAACACGAGAUCCUGGUGUCCUCCACCUGCUCGUCCAGAUCCUCAACCCCACUAGUCCCAAACUCUUACCAGCUUUUUUUUAGUGCAGCCAGUAACAUGUUGUUUUGUUGUGAAGAAAAAAUUGUUAUUCCGAAAUGUUAUCUGUUUCGUUUUUAAUCUUCUG